AUGGGGUGUGGGGGAUCGACGCCGAGUAAACCGGCUCAGGAAAAUCAACGAGCACAAACUAACUACCAACAUCAGCAGAAUACACAAACGAGUGUACAAAAUAACACUCCACGACCACAGCAACAGCAACAGCAACAGCAACAGCCUCACCAACAGGCGCCACAGGGACAACAAGUGACUACGCAGCACCCACAGGCCACAAAUGCAGCUAGUCAAGCAUUUUCCGCGCCUAUUGAAUACACACGCGAUGGGUCGCACAAGCAGCAGAGCUCUAAUAGGGUUAGUGACAGGCGUAUAGGCCAGCUGUUUGUGGCGCAGUUCGACUACGCAGGUGCAUCGGGGGAUCUGUCGUUAAAGAGCGGAGAGAUACUCGAGAUUCUAGACACCUCUGAGGGCGAUUGGUGGAAGGCUCGAUCUGUGCGGACAGAGCUUGUUGGAUAUGUACCGUCCAAUUUCUUAUACCCCAAAACCGACUUUGCCAAUGAGCCCUGGUUUCACAGCAACGUUGAACGUGCAGAUGCCGAACGCAUGCUGGUACAAGUGGGCCAGAGGGGAGCGUUUCUGGUGCGAGAGUCCCGUACAAGACCGGGAUCAUAUAGCUUAAGUGUGCUUGAUCACGACACAAUAGUAAAACACUAUCAGAUUAAGGUGGCAGAGGAUCCUCCAGGGGCAGUUCCGGGGUCGUCUGGGUUUUACAUCAGCAAGAAGAGUGUAUUCCUGUCGUUGCGUGAUUUAAUACACUCAUACCACGACCAUCAAGAGGGUUUAUGUGCUGUGCUUACUGUACCAUGUCCCAAGGCCGGACCCACACUCACAGACUUCAGUCACGCCACCAGAGAUAUGUGGGAAAUCAAGCGCGAGACUAUUGGUCUGAGUGAGAAAUUAGGGGAAGGGGAGUUCGGUACUGUGUGGAAGGGUACCUGGAAUAAUAAUACGCACGUGGCCGUGAAAGAGCUUAAAAAGGGCAAUAUGGGUGCCGAGGAGUUCCUAAAAGAAGCGUCUAUAAUGAAGAAGCUGCAGCACCAAAACUUGGUCAGGCUAUACGCAGUUUGUACUGAUAGUGAGCCGUACUAUAUUGUGUUGGAAUAUAUGGGCAAUGGUUCUCUGCGGUCCUUUUUACUGCGUAACCAGCAGGAGUGCUCGACCAACCACCAGUUCCCUGACGCCGCAGAUAUCAGCUAUUCUGGUAACAGCAGAUACGAAUGCCUACAGAAGUGUCUCACAUGGAGGCAACGGGCGGAUAUGUGUCAGCAGGUGGCCUCGGGUAUGGCUUUCCUGGAGUCCAAGAAUAUGAUCCACAGAGAUUUGGCUGCAAGGAAUGUUCUUUUGAAUUUGGAAAAUGUAUGCAAAGUGGCCGAUUUCGGAUUAGCGCGCGACUUCAAAAACUCGAGUAAUAAUAAGGGCGAAGAGCCAAUAUACACAGCCCACGCAGACACCAAGUUCCCAGUCAAAUGGACUGCGCCUGAGGCUAUCAUCAAAGGGGCUUUCAGUGUAAAGAGUGAUGUGUGGAGUUUCGGUAUCCUGAUGAUGGAGAUAGCCACAGGCGGGGCUAUACCUUAUCCCGGCAUGGGCAACAUGCAGGUGGUCAACCUACUCAACGACAACUACAGACAGCCUAAACCCCCCCGGUGUCCCGACGAGUACUACGAGGUUAUCCAGAAUUGCCUGCGCCAGUUCCCUGAGGAGCGGCCCACCUUUGAAUCCCUGCAGUGGGUGAUGGAGGAUCUCUUCGGCAAUGCCAGACUGGACUACGAGGACCCUAGCACGGCUGGCUCAUUGAUUCAGCAGUGA